GACUCAGCCUUGGGUGGGGGGACCGGCCUGGCCCCUUGCUCCGCCCGCGCGCCCGCGCGGCUCCGGGCCCCGGGGAGGGGGAGGAGAUCACCCCUCUCCCCCCGCCCGCGCCCCCAAAGCGCGUGACCCCGUCUCCUCUGGCCCGGACCCCCCUCCUUCCCCUUGACGCCACCACCACGUGCGAACCCUGAGCCCCGGCAGAGGAGGGGGUGAACUGGUGGGAUCCGGCCCCCUCCCUCGCUCUUCCUCCCUCCCUGGCUUGGGAACCAACCCCUUCCCCCAGCCCCAGGCCUGGGAACCAGGCAGGGGCCUGAGCUGAGCGCUGGGGCCGGUGCACCCCCAGGCACAGGCCUUUGCGGGUUCUGGGAGGCACUGCCCGCUCUGGCUGGCUGCGGGGGAGCCCGGUGGACCGCAGCAAGAGACUGCUGUCCAGCCAGGCCGGGGCACCCAGUGGGCGCUCACUGAAUGUUUGGGGAAUGCAGCCAGCAGUUGAGUGAGCAGCAGGGGGAGGCCGACAACUCCUCUCUCUCCCCCUAGCCAGGCGGCGGAAGUGAGAGAGGUGUUGGUGCCCCUUCCCCGGGCGUGCCCACCUAGUUCACCCAUGGGUGGCAGGCUUGGUUUAUUCCCCCCCUUUGCCCUGCCAGCUGCCUCCAGGAGCAGGGCCGGCUGGAGAGGGCAUCCGGGAUUCCAUGUCAGCCCCCCCCCCACAACAGGGCCAGGGCGUAACCCUGAGUGUGCCGCUCCCACACUGGGGGGGCCUCCGCAGGACCCGCCGAUCACUUCCUAUUGGCAGAGCUGGUCUUGGGAGAGGUCCGGGGAGUCCAGGCUGGGCCCUGCUGCUACCCGGUGGAGGGCUCCAGGCAGGGGGCAUUUCCCCCCGGGGGCACACCGGGCCUGGCACUUGUCGGCUGGGCUCGGGGCUCUGUUUACCGCCAGCCAUCGCUGUGGAGACGGGAGCCUAGGGGAGAAGGGGGGGCAGGAGCCAGUGACUGGAAGAGCGAAGCCCUGGGAUCCGCAUGCCUAAUGAAGGAAAGAGGAGCCAACGGGGACACUGAAAUUUUAAUUCGUGGGUCACUUUGGGGGGGUAUUUAUUAUUCAGCUCUGAUUGGCUGCAUGGUGGCCAGUCAGCACCCUGGCCCCGGGCCGGGAGCCACGAAACUCUGAGCGCUCGCAGGCCCUGGGAGAAGCAGCAUCAGCGUGGCCGCAGGGAGCUGGUGCACCCUUUCCUCUGUGGGGGGUACUGAGGCCCAGCACAGCCCAGCCUCCAUCCAGUGGGGCAGCCUCCCGAGGCGGGAGCAUGUCUCGGCGCGGAAGAUGGCCGGCGGCGUGGACGGCCCCAUCGGGAUCCCGUUCCCUGACCACAGCAGCGACAUCCUGAGCGGCCUCAACGAGCAGCGGACGCAGGGCCUGCUGUGCGACGUGGUGAUCCUGGUGGAGGGCCGAGAGUUCCCCACGCACCGCUCCGUGCUGGCGGCCUGCAGCCAGUACUUCAAGAAGCUGUUCACGUCGGGCGCCGUGGUGGACCAGCAGAACGUGUACGAGAUCGACUUCGUCAGCGCCGAGGCGCUCACGGCCCUCAUGGACUUCGCCUACACGGCCACGCUCACCGUCAGCACGGCCAACGUGGGCGACAUCCUCAGCGCCGCCCGCCUGCUCGAGAUCCCCGCCGUGAGCCACGUGUGCGCCGACCUCCUGGACCGGCAGAUCCUGGCGGCCGAUGCGGGCGCCGACGCCGGGCAGCUGGACCUCGUCGACCAGACCGACCAGCGGAACCUCCUCCGGGCCAAGGAGUACCUCGAGUUCUUCCAGAGCAACCCCAUGAACAGCCUGCCCCCUGCCGCCGCCGCCGCCGCCGCCGCCUUCCCCUGGUCUGCCUUCGGCGCGUCCGAUGACGACCUGGACGCCACCAAGGAGGCCGUGGCCGCCGCCGUGGCUGCCGUGGCCGCCGGCGACUGCAACGGCUUGGACUUCUACGGGCCGGGACCACCGGCUGAUCGGCCCUCGGCCGGGGAUGGGGACGAGGGCGACAGCAACCCAGGUCUAUGGCCAGAGCGGGACGAGGACGCCCCUGCCGGGGGCCUCUUCCCGCCCCCCGUGGCCCCGCCGGCCACCGCCACGCAGAAUGGCCAUUAUGGCCGGGGUGGCGAGGAGGAGGUGGCCUCGCUGUCGGAGGCAGCACCCGAGCCGGGCGACUCUCCAGGCUUCCUGUCAGGUGCGGCCGAGGACGGGGACGGGGACGGGCCCGACGCGGACGGGCUGGCGGCCAGCACGCUGCUGCAGCAGAUGAUGUCAUCGGUGGGCCGGGCGGGGGCGGCGGCGGCGGGGGACAGCGACGAGGAGUCGCGGGCGGACGACAAGGGCGUCGUGGACUACUACCUGAAGUACUUCAGUGGCGCCCACGAUGGGGAUGUUUACCCGGCCUGGUCGCAGAAGGUGGAAAAGAAGAUCCGGGCCAAGGCCUUCCAGAAGUGCCCCAUCUGCGAGAAGGUCAUCCAGGGCGCCGGCAAGCUGCCGCGGCACAUCCGGACCCACACCGGGGAGAAGCCCUAUGAGUGCAACAUCUGCAAGGUCCGCUUCACCAGGUGAGCUGGUGGCGCCGCGGCGGGGGGGCGGUGGGGGCGGCCGGGGACCUUUGCUUCGACUGCGGCCGCACGGACCCCUCCCCCACCACACACAGCAGCGCCUGUGCGUGCGGCAGUGGCACCGUCCCGCCUGGGACGGUGCUUCCUCUGUUCCUGGGCGCCUGCCUCCCCUGCUCCCCUUGGGAACAGCCUUCAGGGCGGGGGAGGGCUCAGGCGGUCACCAGGGUGAGUGGCGCAGGCCGUGGGGUGGGACCGUAGGAGGCUCAAGGGAAGGGCCCGGGAGUCGCUCUUCUUCUGUUGUUGGCGGUGGUUCUUCUCGUCUGCGUGGCCACGGCUGUUUGCCUUGGGAGAGGGCAGCCGCCCCGUAGGGCACGGGGAGCGGUGUUAUCUCCUUGAGUCUCCCGGGAGCCCUGGGGACUUGCCUCCUCAGCCAAUAGUUAUGGAGCACCUGCUGGGUGCCGGGCCCUGUUCUAGGCAGCAAGGACCCGGGAGUGCAGAGACACGCCAGGGGCCCCGUGGGGGCGAUGGGACACGUCUGAGAUGAAACCACAGAAUUGGUAAUGCGAGUCCGUAGAGCCGCAUAGAACAAGGUGGGGGGCGGCGGCUGUUUUAAACAGAGAGCCUAGACCCCGAGGAGGCAAGGGAAAGGCAGAGUGAACAGCCGCUGCAAAGGCCCUGAGGCCAGCGGAGCUUGAGGGUCACCGCAGCCCGUGGAGGGAAACAGGCCUUGGAGCCACUUGGGCUUGGUCCCUAGGCGGGAGGAGUCGGAGGCCAGGCUAGGGGAAUUUGCGAUUGGAUCUUAAGAGUCCAGAGCUGGCUGGUUGGGCCUCGUGGACCAGCCCAGUGGGGGUGGGGGGCUGGCGUGCAGGGGCCUGGCCAGCCUGGGUGACUCAGCAUCACCCCCUACCCCCACCCGCCCUGGGGUUCCCCCAGCCACGCCCACCCAGGCUGAAGAAAGAAGCCAUUGUCCCGGAUUCCCGGCCCUGCCCCAUGGGGACAGGACCUAGGGGCUGACCCCUGGCCCCCUCCCCAGCAGACCAGGAGAAGAGGGUGUGGCCCAGACUGCAAGGCCCAGGAGCCCAGGCGAGGGGCAAAGGGUGCCAGCUCGGAGGGAGGCAGUCUAGUUGGUGGCCCGGCUCCCACCCCCUAGGUGAGAUUGGGGUGCUGGUGGUUUUGGGGCCUCCCUCCUCCUCCAGACAGGAGUCCUAAGGUGGCUGUGGUCCCUGCCCUCAGGGGUCUCUGGGCCCAGGAGAGGUAGCUUGAUAGAGGCCCAGCAAGCCAGGGUCUGGAGAGGUGACCAGGCUGAGGAGAGGUCUGGAGCCCCCCCCACCACCAUGCGGCCCCCCCAGCACCCCUAACCACAGGCGCAGGGUGGUUUCAUUCUGAUCUGCUGGUCUCUUGGUCACCCCACCCUGACUCGGGGUGAUCCUCUUUUCCAGUCAGGGAAACUGAGGCUGGGAGAGGGCCACGAGGCUAUGCCUCUUCCCCCAUGUGCCCACCUGGCUCCUCUUUGCCCCCAACCCAGGGCCCCAGCCCCCACGCCUUCCUCCAGGCCAGGGAGCCCAGGGGCCCCUCUGAGUCACACAGAGAGUUGAGUAAGCGGGGCCUGUGGCAGCCGGGGCUAUAAUUACCCGGACCAGGGCUUGGGGUGACGAAACAGGCUGCUUCCACCCCCACCCCACCACUGUGCGGCCCCUGACCCGCUGUGCAACUUGGGACAGGUCACCUUCCCUCUCUGAGCCUCUGAGUCUCACCUGGGGAAGUCUCUGUACACUGUCCGAGCCCCUGCUGUGCUCUCUGGACCCGGCCCUGUGCGAAGAUCUAGGCAAGGCAGCUGGGCGACCAUGUUAGUGGGCUUCGAGGGGGGUGAGAGGAAGGGAGCUUGGCAAUUGCAACCCCUCACUGCUGACAGACCCGGUCAGUCCAGGGAGCAAUGAGUUCACUGUGGCCUGAGUUGUGUUGACGCAUGUAGAAGUAUUAAGGGUGGAGAAUAGGCAGGGGUGUGGUUGCAGACGGCCAGGCCUUGACCCUCAGAGCAGUAAGGAGUCGAGAAAGGGUUAGAGCCGGUAAGGACACCGGCUCUGUGGGUGAUUCCAGAGGGAGGGACCUGGAGCUAGAGGAGCCUAGGGGAGACCAAGUCUUUGUCUGGGGGUGGGAAAGGCUGCCUGGGGGAGGAGGGCAUUUGAGAUGGGGCUUUGAAGGAUGAAUAGGAGUUUGUCAGUCCUGGCACUGACCAGUCUGGCAUGUGUGAAAAGUGAGAGACCCAGUGUGUCUCCCACAUAGGGUGCAGGAGGCUGGAGCACAGAAUGGGUCAGACGCUGGCCAGGGCUCCCGAGACCCAGGUCUCCGCCCCUACCGUGUGGGUCCAGGCAGGAGCCCACUCUGUGACUACAGACCAGCACGGUGCAGUGAAGCAUCGUGUGAGUCACUUCUGUGAUUUUACAUUUUCUGGUAGCCACAUUUUAAGAAAAGUUAAAGGAACAGGUGAAAGUAAUUUGAAUCCUAUUUCACAUCUUUUUUUUUUUUUUUUUUUUUACAUUUAACAUGUAACCAAUGCGCCAAAUCAUAAAUGAGCUUUUUUAUGUUACAUUAAGCAGAUGAAGUCUUCAGAAUCUGGGGAACCUUUUGCACUUCUAGCGCGUCUCAGUUCGGGCAGGCCACAUUUCAAGGGCUCCAGGGCGCGUGUGAGCAGUGGCCGCUGUGAGGGACAGAGCAGCAGCUGGCCUGUAGUGCUUAGGGCUGAUACAUUGACGAGCUUUGUGGGCCAAAAGGCCCCAGGCUGAGCUGGGUCCACGCUGAUCUCUUUGGGGAAGGAUAGGCAGGGAGGGGUCCUGGAAUCACCCAGACCCUGCUGUCUUGGGGCUCGCAGUCCGGUCAGGCAGACAGAUGAGGAACGAGGAAACCAGCACACAGAUGAGCAAGAUGGUGGUGGUAUGAGGGACAUGGGGUGGGGUCCGCUGUGGGCGGGGGAGGGGCCUCUCGGAGGAAGUGACGUUUGAGCUGGAAUUCAGAUGUGAAGAUCUGGGAAGAAAGUGCUCCAGGCAGCAGGAAGAGCAUGUGCAAAGGUCCUGAGGUAGGCACGUGCUUAGCAUGUUGUGGUGACAGCCAGGAAGCCAGUGUGGCCAGAGCAGAGAG